AUGAAGCCCACAAACAGCCCAAAGGAGAAGUCACCUAGAAAAUCAUUGUCCAGCAAACCUGGGAUUGAAAAGGGCAGGGGGGUUCAAGAUACUGGAGUAUCAAAUGGACAAGAAAAUAUACAUGCAUUUCGGACAAUGGCUGAUAUACACCUAAGCAGUUCUCCUAGUUGUGAGAAGCCAACAUCCACAGCCAGUACAGAAGACAACCUUGUCACUAAGAGGGUUGAUCCUACUAGCUGCGUUGUCAAAAUAUCUAAUUCUAUCAGUGAUUCCAAAGACAAGUCCACUGAUUCUGAAGAUGCUGAAGUGGAGUCAACUUCAGAGAUAGCAUUCAAUUCUCAGCGUGAUGAACGAGAACCCACUUCUGCACAACAAGAAGAACCCAUUUCUGAGCACACUCAAAGCUUGCCAGAAGCUGAUAUAAAGUCUAUAAGUAAAAAAGAUGAGACUUUUUGUGACAUGCAGGUUCUUGAAGCAGCAAAAGAGUUUCUUGACGUGCAGGUUCUUGAUCGAAGAUGCUCUUCAAAUAAAACAAGUAGUCCUAAUGCAAAAACAGAAGGUGGUGACACGAGCUACUUGUCAUUAGAAAGUAGCUACUUACAGCCUUCCGUGCUGAUGAAAUUAAGAGUGUGUGGGAGAAUCCAAGUCAAACAAAGAGCCGAUGCUCUGGAGUCUCUGCUUGAGCUAUGUGCUAGGCUUCUUAAGCAAGACAAAAUCGAUGAGCUUGCUGGUGUUCUACGACCUUUUGUGGAAGACGCUGUCUCAUCUAGAGAAACAGCAAUUUGUAGUAGCAAAGAAAGAAACGAGGAGGCCCCAACCAAGGAGCCAAGAACAGCAAAGUUGAGGAUACAGCGCUGGAGGCUGUGGAUGGGCCUGGAGCAAGCGGCUGGGGCGUCAGUGGAGGCCAUGACUGCGCUCAUGGAGGCGGCAGCGACAAUGACGGCGCAAGAGAUCUUCUGCAUGUCCAUGAUGGAGAAGAAUAAGCGCACAGAGAGACCUGCCUUUAUUUGGUCAAAGGGAGAAUGA